AUGGAAGAACCACAAAAAGAUCCACAGACAACAACGACACCACCUCCCUCAGCUGUUUCAACCCAGGCAGUUGUACAAGAUGUAGUUAUGGAGGAAGCUACUACAACCGCCAACACUAGUAAUAGCAAUAACGAGAAAGAGGACAAAGUUCAAACUGACCCGGCGACUACUGCUGUGAACAACCAAAGAAUUGUUGAAGAAUUUCAAUACCUUUUGGAGAAGAGUCAGCAAUUAUUUGCAGGUUUAAGGGAUUUACCACCUACCGGUGGUCGUCAAUGGCAACCGUAUUUCCAACGAACUUUCGAAGUUUACACAAAGUUAUGGAAAUUUCAGCAACAGAAUAGAUUUGUGUUGGAAGUUAAAGAAAAUUAUGGUCUUAAACGAUGGGAAGUUGGCGAAAUUGCUUCGAAAAUUGGCCAACUUUAUUAUCAUUACUACCUACGUACAAGUGAGACAAAUUACCUUCACGAAUCAUACAUAUUUUACGAGGCAAUUCGUGAACGUUCUUACUUCAAGGAUGUCCUUGACGUUAAAAACCCGGCAUUAAUGAUCAAAAAAUUGAGAUAUUAUGCUCGAUUUAUUGUUGUUUGUCUGUUGUUGAACAACAGGGAUAUCGUACAAAAAUUAAUGGAUGAAUUGAGUGGUCUUGUUGAUGACUAUAUAAAAAUUUUUAAACCUGUUGAUUCAAAUGAAUGGCAAGGUGUCCUUAAUGAAAUUGCAAAUUUCUUAGAGGCCGAAAAGAAGCUUGUUCCAGUAUCAACCGAAGGUCAUCUUUUAUCGGUGGUACGUAGAUUACAAAUUGAACGUAGUCUUAGGCUUGAAAAAGAUGGUACACCAAAAUUGAAACUUCAGGAAGCGAUUUUGGUUGGCAAUUACCAAAACCAAAUCAAAUUUUCGGAGUUGACCCUUGACAUGUAUCACAUACUACAGUCACUUGAACGUGAACCGGCGCCUCUAAAAUCUGCUCCUCCGAAGACUCCAGGUUCUGAAGUUCCCACGGUAAACGAAAGAGUUAAUAGUAAAGAUGAUACAAGUGCUGAAGAACAAAAUGCAAAUACUUCUACCGAUAAACCUGCGUCGCGAAGAGUUAAUCCACAUAAAUAUCUUCUAUAUCGACCGACGUUCAGUCAGUUAUUAGUAUAUAUCGCUACUGCUUUUAAGGAAAUUAAUGAAAAUUCCGCAUUAUUACUUUACAUUUCUGCUGACGGAUCUAAACGCUCAAGCAAUAAUGAACAAACCUCAUGUAAUGGAUAUAAUGGUGGUGUUGCAACAAGUUCUCGCAAACCUACGGAUAAAACAGAUUCUUCGGAUAGUAUCGGAUUAAUUAAUUGUUUGCAUCCGGCAGAUUUAGUGCCAUUCUCCCGUAAACCAUUAUGCCUAAUAAUCGACAGUGAUAAUAGCACUGCCUUUGCGGAUUUCCCUAGAGUUUUUAAUCAACCGUUCCUUUGUCUUAUGUCGCCUGUGGAGUAUCCUUCCUCUAUCACUGACACGCCUCAGAUUGGUAGCCUUUUCACCUUGUUUCUCCAUGCGCCGCUUCUUGGGUUUGCCUUUAUUUCUGACCUUGGACAAAUAAGUUCAGAAACUUGGGAAAAAUGUGUAAAUCUUGUCGCAGAAGCCGAGUUAAAGAUUGUAGAAUUAUUCAAUUCAUCUAAUAUUGAAAAACCAUUAAAAAGGUUUUUACAAGAUGAUUUCCUUCGCCAAUUCCUUGUGAAAUUUGUAUUGUGUCAAUCAAUAUUAAAAGCCCACAUUGCAUUUAAAGAAGAAAAGCAUUUUCUUACAUCUUGUCCACAAUUACCUUCAUCGAUAUAUGAUUCACAAGAAUUAUUAACAAAGAUAUAUCAAAUGGUAAAAGAAGCACAAGUUGAGUCCUAUUAUUCAUUCCCUACGUUAGAAAUUUUAGAAACGGAAGCGGUUGAGAAAACAGUGGACCCUGAAGAGGAAGAUGAGGCAAUACAACAAUAA